UCCACCCUCUUCCCCUCCCCCACUGUCCACCCCAAAGACUUCUCUCUGCAUUUCCCCAAGAGGAAGGAGACGGAACGUCGGAAAGACCACCAGGAGGGAAAGGAGGGCUCCAGCGACACACAGCCUACGUCAGGCCCCACUCCCACCCUGAGCCUCCCCCCCAACACAGACACACUGACAGAGACACGCAGUAGCAUCCUGACUGAAGGGCCAGCCCCCUCGCCCGCCACCAGCCCACCCAGCCAGCUCCCGGGAACCACAGCCUCCGAGACCCUCAGCACAUACUCGGCAACUGAGGACGUUGCUGCCGUGAUUGCCGCCCAGACUGGUGAUGCUCAGGCCGCUCGGCGUCCACCUCUCCACAGAGGAGAAUGAAUUCGUUGAUAACGUGUCGGAGGAACUUCACAACUUCCUGACCCGAAGCAGUCAGGGGCCGCCCAGUGUCCUGCUAUUCCCGCCCCUGACCAGCCGGUUGCGGUUCCUGAUCCAUCGCCUUGUGGAGGAGACGGUGUCGCUGAGCAGUUUCUCAGUGGGAGCCGGAGCUCAGAGGAGGACAGCGGUGUGUCUGUCUGACCUCAGGUUGCCCCCUCCUCUGGCAGAGCAGCCUGGCCUGAGCUAUAGGGGUGGGGGGAGGAGGGGAGGGGGUCAAAGCCCCCGGCCCUGCCCAACCCUCGCUGGUCAACCUGGGAACCAAGGACGUCCAGGCAGUGGGAAAGGCCGGAAGAAGCCGGAUCGAGCUCUCUACGUCCCUAGGGCUCAGCAGGGGAGAGGAACAAAGUGGGGGCGCCGAGAGAGAGAGGGACUGUGUGAGGGGGAGACAGCCCUGGGACCCCCGCCCCACUACCCCCACCGGGGGGCUGCAGCACAGACUGAAGAGGAGAGCACCAAGCGGGCAGCUCCGGGGGGAGAGAGAGACCAAGCCGCCGUGGAGGAUUUGGGUGAAGAUAAACGUGAAGAUAAAGAGCAGCGGGAAAAAGAGGGGUCCGGCGGGGGGGCUGGGGAUACUGAGGAGCCGUUGGGAACCACGGAUACGAUAAAUAGUAAGCACGAGGAUCGUGAGGCAUCCAUCCCAAAGGUCCCCGCCCAGAACACAGACCCCCAGCACCAGCAGGAGCCCGAGCCGGAGCCCGCCAGGCCUGAGGGUGGGGAGCACACAGCGGGGAUCACUGGAGGUGAAGUGGGAGAGAGCUGCAGCCCCUCAGACCCCGCGGUGCCCCCUGAUCGGGCUGGGACACAAGCCUCAUACCCCCCGAAGUCAGGCCCACCCAGCGCUGACUUACUGCAGGAGCUGUCAGCCUGUGUGCGGGAGCCUGGGUUCAGUAUUGCGGAGAUGCUCCAUGAUUACUCGAGCCCGCAGUGGGCUCCACCCGACCUGGCCGGCCCCGCCUUCACCCACAUCCUGGAGAUCCAUGACUUCCCCGCGGAGCUGGGGGAGGAGAGCAUCCAUGCCGCCUUCACAGCGUUUCGUGAGCGAGGCUUCAGACUGGAGUGGGUGGAUGAGGGUCACAUCUUGGCUUUGUUCUCCAGCCCAGAGUCAGCCAGUGAAGCCUUGAGCAUCAGCCACGAGCAGCUGAAGACUCGGCCCCUGUGUCAGGCGAGCCAAGCCUCCCAGGCCAAAGCCAUCAAGCGAGCAGAAUUCCUGCAGCCGGUGAGAGAUCGCCCGCGCACUGACACGCUGCUCGCCCACAGGCUGGUGUCCAGGGCUCUGGGGCUGGAGGCCACGGAGAGCAAAGAGCCCCCCCAGCCCCAUGGCCACAGCAGCGGGAAGGACCCCAGCCCGGAGUCGGUCAACUCUGAUGUAUCCUCCAACAAGACUGUCGAUUCAGUGGGUGAAUAAAAAAUAUUUAUGAUCCAA